AUGCCACGAGCGACGAACAAGCGCAAGGAGGCGGAGGAGGGAUCUAGUGAUGAGACGCCGCCGGUGCGUCAGAAUAAGACUCGUCGUACGAGCGGAAACACCGUCAAGUUCGCGCACACCGUCCAAGCCGUUUCCUUUGGCGAGUAUCAACAACCCAAGUCGAUUCUGAAGACCAGGUCCGAACCAUUCCCUAUCGCUCCUGGGUCCCCCAAUACAGCAAGAUCUCCGUCUCCCGAACCCUCAAAGGAAUUUGAAGAGGAGGAGUUUGACAGAGAAGAAGUAGAUACGAUGAGAAAGCUCGCUGAAGCUGCGAUAAAUUUGGCGAGAAAGGCUCGCAAGGAGCAGCUAGAACAUGGUCUUGCGGCAGUCCAGAAGGAGCUCGCAUUUACCAAAAACGAUCUCGAGAACGUCCGUUUCAGCGAGAAGAUCUACAUGCAAUCAACAGAGAAAGUCAUGCAAUCACGAGACAAACUGGUACGCGCUCUCGCGGACGCUGACAAGCGCACGGAAACUGCCCGCGCGGAGGUCAAGGAGGCUCUGUUGGCCCAGGGCAAAUCGGAGAACAAGUCCAGAGCGCUGGAACUCCAACUGAAAAGAGCAGACGAACAGGUGGAGAAGCUGCAGCAGGAGCUAGCCGUUAUAAGGGAGAAGGAAGAGAAGGGGAAGUUGCUGGGCAAGAAGACAGCGAUGGAAAAGGCGGAUGGAGGCAACGGGGACACCAAGUAG